AGUUUCCUCUAAGAGUGUUUUGUAUACCGGCGAUACGUUAUAUUAGCGCUCGCCUUUAUUAAUUAAAAUCCUACACUAAAUAGACAAUUGUGAACAUAUCGAUAGGAUCAGUAAGUCUUCAGCUUUCUGAUUUUCGAAAAGCUAUGAAAACAUUUUGAACAGUUACAUUAUUACUUUGCAAUUCAUCAGGAAUCAUCUGCAGCAAUAAUGGACAGCGACGAUGACGAAGUUACGUAUAAACGAGGGACUGGCAUUCAUUACGGAGCAAUCAAUCCCGAGGAUAUAGAACAAAAGGAUUCCGUGAAAGCUGGCAUAGCGUCUGGAAAUAUUAAUGCUUUACCAGUUAAAGCUGCAACCGAAGCCUCUGCUGAACCAAAUCAAUCUCAAAAAGAACUUUUGGCUCAAUUUGAGAGAAGAAAGCAAAUUCGACAAAUUGUUGUCUCUACUGAUGACAGUGAAGUUAAAGCACAAUUAAGAGAGAUUGGAGAACCUAUAUGUCUAUUUGGAGAGGGUCCAGCAGAAAGACGAGAAAGACUUCGUCAAUUACUUGCUACACAUGGUGAAGAUAUUAUUAAACGAAAAAAAGGCGACAUACCUGAGAAAAAAGAACAGGAAAAUAUCACUUGGUAUCAUGAGGGACCAGUAGAGCUAAAAGCAGCUAGGCUGCUUAUAGCCGAAUAUUCUUUACCAAGAGCCAAGGAAAGAUUAGACGCUGCAAGAGUGGAAUCUAACGUUUCAGAAAAAAUUCGAAACGCUCGAACUCAGGAAUUAUACAAGAAAGUACGGAGUACGAAUAUUGAAUGCAGUCAAAUUGGUGACAGUAGACCUAUAUCUUCUUGCUGUUUUAGUCCAAAUGCUAAAUAUAUUGCUACAUCUUCUUGGUCUGGAUUGUGUAAAUUAUGGUCUGUUCCUUCAUGUGAAAAUGUAAGAGUUUUAAGAGGUCACGAAGGUCAGGCGGGAUAUAUAGCUUUUCAUCCGAGAUCAACAAUAGAUUUGUCAGAAUCGGUUUGUAAUUUAGCGUCUUGCGCAUCUGAUGGAUCAGUAAAACUUUGGAGUUUAGACAGCGAAGAUGUGUUGGUUGACAUAGAAGGUCAUGCUCCGUAUAGAGUCUCUAAAGUACAAUUUCAUCCUUCUGGUAGAUUUCUUGGAACAUGCUGUUACGAUAGAUCUUGGAGAUUAUGGGAUUUGGAAGUUCAUAAAGAGGUUUUGCAUCAGGAAGGACACAGUCGCGAAGUUUACUGUAUAGCCUUUCAUACAGAUGGGUCAUUAGCGGCAACAGGUGGAUUGGAUGCUUAUGGUCGUGUUUGGGAUCUUAGAACAGGAAGGUGUGUAAUGUUCAUGGAAGGUCAUCAUAAAAGUGUUUUAAGCAUAGAUUUGAACUCUGAUGGAUGGCACGCUGCCACUGGAAGCGAAGAUAAUUCUGUAAAAAUUUGGGAUUUGAGGCAACGACGUUGCAUUUAUACAGUUCCAGCUCAUACGAAUUUAGUAUCAACAGUUCAUUUCGAAAGGGAUAAUGGACGUUACCUUCUGACCGCCUCUUAUGAUGGAACUUGCAAAAUCUGGACUCAUCCAACAUGGACACCUCUCAAAACUCUUGAAGGUCACGAAGGCAAGGUUAUGUGCGCUAAUAUUUCACCAGGUGAAGAGUAUAUUGUGUCAGCUUCUUAUGACAGAACUUUCAAGCUAUGGACACCUCAGAGUUAA